AUGACCUGGCGUUCGCCCCUCCCGCAGGGCCGUCCUUUGAGGGAAAUUGUGCAGCAGCUAGUCGAGCCGCAGGUGAAGGCGGCCCUCGCCCUCCUGGACGCGCGGCUGCCGCCGCCACCGCAGCAGCAGCAGCAGCAGCAGCAGCAGCAGCAGCAGCAGCAGCAUGUGGGGCAGGAGGGCAGUGCGGCCAUGCUUGUGGUGGUUCUCACAGAGCCCCCUGGAGGCCCUCCCUCAUCCCAGUCAGCGGCGGCGGCCACAACGUCAACAAGCAGCGGCGACGCUGGCGUCGGCGGCGUGCCCGCUGGCAGCGCGGCCGCCGCGGCGCCGCCCCUGUCGGUGACGGUGUUCUGCAAGGCCAUGGCGCUUGAGGAGCCCGAGGCAGGCAGGCGCCGCGAGCUUGAGGCUUCCAAGCCGCCUGGGGUUGCAGAGGUGGUGCUGGUGGACGAGCGGGGCGGCCUCCUCGAGGGGCUGGUGACAAACUUCUACGUGGUCGCAGAGGCGCCGCAGAGCAAUGGCGGGGACACUGGGGCCGCCCCCUCGGCGCCGCCAAGAGCCGCGUCGGCAGACCUGAGCCGGUUCGAGCUGCAGACGGCAACGGGCGCCGGCGGGGAGGCGCUGCCCGGCACGUCGCAGCGGCGCGUGCUCGAGGCGGCGAGGGCGAUGGGGCUGCGCGUCCGCGCGGGCGCGCCGCUCUGCGAGGAGCGGGGGACGUGGCGGGAGGCCUUCAUCACGAAUAGCCUCAGAGGCCUGCAGCCGGUCAGCAGCGUUGCAUUCUGGCCAGACGGCCCCAGCCCCAAGUGGGAGCAGCAGCUGGCCGCUGGCGGCGGCGGGGACAGCAACGCCGCCGGCGGGGCGGGCCCGGUGACGCUGCUGCUGAGGGCCACGGUGGAGCGCCUGCGGCAGCUGACGCCCGCACCUGACCUGCCAGGCCCAGGCGCGCCGCACUGA